AAGUGAUCUUCCCUCUCCCUGUCUGUGCAGGAGCUGCAGCAGAGUGUGAAGACCCUGCAGGAGAAGUACGAGCGAGCUCUUGCCAAGAUUGCUGAGCAGCGGCAGGAGAAGGACGAGCUGAGGGGCCGCACCGAGGAGCAGGAGGCUGAGAUUGCACGGCUGAAGAACAAGCUCAGGGAGCUGGAUCAGGAGUUGAAGAGGGCCAGGGAGGAGCUCAGGAGCCAGGAGGACCGGGUUCAGCUGCUGCAGGUGGACCUGCAGAGCUCCCAGAAGGAGGCGGUGAAGCUGGCGGGCGAGCUGCGGGCGGCGCGGGCGGCGGCCGAGGAGGGCGAGAGGCUGCGCUCAGAGGUCCACGUGCUGAGGAGGAGCCUGUCUGAGAAGGAGGAGAUGGGGGACAGCGCCAGCGAGCAGAGCGAGGCCCUGUCCAGGCGGCUGCAGGAGCUCACAGGCCAGCUGGCGGUGGAGAAGCAGAGGGCGGGGCAGCAGUGCGAGGAGCUCAAGCGGGCGGGCGAGCGGCUGAGGGUGGAGCUGACCGAGUCCCAGGAGCAGCUGAAGUACUGGACCAGGGGCUACGAGAAGAUAAAGGAGAUGAACAGCAAGGUGGAGAUCCAGCUGAUGGAGGCGAGACAGAGCCUGGAGGAGCAGGCCAGCCAGACCCAGUUCCUCACGAUGGAGAAGGAGGAGCUGGCCGAGGAGAAAAAGGCACUGGUGAGCAGACUGGAGAGACUGCAGGAGGAGAUCGCCCAUCUCCAGCGCUCCCCGGCCAGCAUCACCCUACAGCACCCUAAUCCCUACGUCCUUCCUGCCCCGAUUGCGACAGUCCCCGCCAACCCUGAUCUGACUUACGAAAGUCCCUACGGCCCUGCAGUAUCUCUUUUAAGAGAGACACACUCAAGAGCUGAGGAUGAGGUGAAGUUGUGCCAGUACUGUCAGGAGCAGUUCCCGGGGAUCAGCCAGGAGGAGCUGGAGGAGCACGAGCAGAGCCACAAGGUGUGCCCGUUCUGCAGCCUGAUCUGCGACGCCCUGGAGCAGCAGGAGUUUGAGGACCACGUGUACGCCCACGAGGAAUAGCGCGUGCCGCCACCACCGUCACGCUGCCUCUGCUCCGUUCCUCCGCCCGCUCCCCCAAUCGAGUUGCCAACAGGCGGCACGAAGGAAGCUGACCGGUUCUCCCACAGUGCUCCGCAGUUCACUAAACAAACCCUUAGCCUUUGGCACGGACGUAUGAGUCAGGCCCUGCUUUAACACACCAGGCUGGGUUAAGAAGGGAUGUGUUCAAUAAGCAGCACUCUCGUAGAGGGGGUGCCAAGGGGAGAGCUGAAUGGCGCCGGGAGAGGGACAGUGGCACAUUACGUUUGUAAACGUAGGUGUGGAUCUGACGCCAUUAUCAACAGUGUAGAAUUUAUAGUGGUAAAGCAGAUGAGGGCGAGUUCUCUCCGUACGAGGGACCCGUCUCAUCUCUCAGCUCUGUGCACUGUCAGCUCUCUCAUAUGGAGCUCUGCUCCUGCUGGCCAUGCACAGAGAGAGUUUCUCUGCUCCCUGGCGUUCUGGGUUAUUUAACGCGUCCCAGACCCUGCUGUGUUUGUUCAGGCACUGCGACCCCGUGCAGCUGAGCACCGUGAGAGGGCUGGUCUCCGAUUCCUUCUGCAGCUCGUGUUCCUUUUCUGCCGCACUGCCUUAGACGUGAUGUACUGUACGCGGAGGUGGUAAACAGUGUCCGGGUGACAUCACUUGUUUUUCAGCCGCACUAUUUAUUUUUCUUUCAUUGUAAUCAGUCAGAAAUUAGAAGGCGAAUCCGAUUCGAAGCAUGACGUCGGAUAAAUCUGAAAGUACCAGCCGCUGUUUUUGAGUAAAUGGUUUCAGGCUCAGCAUGGUUAUUCCUACACAAGGCCCCGACUGAAGUAAAGAGGAAACGAGCUGGUGUGUCCGGGCUGCAGGACACUUCCCGAACUCUCUGCUGCUUCUGCUAACUGGACGAUGCUCAGAGUUUAGCUGUGCAGAGUGCAGAUUGUGGCCCAGUUCUGUCCUGUGCUUCAGUUAUGCCUGUUGCCAUGAUAGCAGGUUUUGGAUGGGGUCUAGGGUGUAAAGGGAGCCUGGGAUCUCAGUUCUUUUAGUUCCAAGAAAUUAGGUCUGUGUGCACAUGGGUUUCUGGAGAAAAUCCCUGUUCAGCUCUCACUGAAACUCUACCUGGUUUUUUUUGGCUGAACAGAAUGGGCCUAAUGGAUUCCUCUCAUCUUUUCCUUCUGUUCAAGUGUCCUAAUCUACGGCAGAUAUAUGUGCUAAUAUAUGUUCACUUAUGUACUUUAUUAAUCCAAUUAUUGCCUUCAUUACGCCACCCUACCAUGAUCUCCACUCUCUGACUCAAGGCUGGAAAGCACUGCUGUAAGAAUCUCUUUAACCUGUUGCUCUCGCUGGUGUGGGGUCUGCAAUGUAAGAAGUGUAGGGGCUAUUUUGUAAUAUUGUUAAAUAAAUGUAUCAUUAAGACAGUCGCGCAGAAGUGCAGUCUUAGUUGAAAGCGUCUUCAGUCGCAUGAACCUUUAAAAUCUUGGCAUGCUGUGCCUUCAAUUAAUCAAUUCACCAGAGACCUUGUCAGCUCAUGAUGGGCUUUGCAAUGAUAUAGAUCUAAAAUAAGUGAAAGUCUAACAGAAUAUGCGUUCCACUUAGUGACUUUCAUAGAUCGUGUUGCUUCACAGUGUCUGCUGUGUGUACAAGGCUGUUCAGGGUACAGGGAGAGGGGAGUCGGGGUCACCUGGCCAGGGGACACCCCCCCCUCUCCAUCAUGUCUGUGUUCAGACAACAGGUGAAUGUACAGUAUGUGUGGUUGGGUUCCAGUGUGCUUAUAACUGUUUUCCUUAUUUGCCUUCUAUUGUAAUCCCUGUAUAACCUCAAAUAAAUACAUAAAAAUACAUUAAAAAAUAAAUAC